AUGCCUCCGCGCGCCAGAAGAGGCGGGGCUUCUCGCAAGUCCCCCGCAUCCGCCUCUGCCCGCGGAAAGGCUUCUCCUGCCGCCGCCGCUUCCCCCGCUUCCCAGCGCGGACUUUCCGACAGCCCCAGCAUUGCUGAGGUUCCCAUCGCUACGUCGCCGCUCGCGCUGCCUGGAAAAUCUCCUGCAAAAUCUCCUGGGGGUCCUGCUGCGGUUGACGGGUCGCCAGGGCAGAGUGGCAGACAGCUGCGGAGCCAGAAGCCCGGAGAGUCCCCGAGCCUGCCAAACGGAGGUUCCCCGAAAUCUCGGGGAAGGAAGCGAGGGUCAUCAGACGGGGAGAUGGACGCUAAGAGACGACGGUCGGGCGAGAAGGGCAAGGGAGGUGAGUUGGCGGAGGCGUUGGGGGGAAAGGUGGGGGGGUUGGGGUUGGACAGGUGGGAGAGGAAGGAGGAGGGGGAAAAGGGGAAGGGGGAGGAGGGGGAAGAGAGGGGAGGAGCAGAUGUCAAUGGGAAAGCGGGGAAAGAAGGGGAAGCGGGGAAAGGAGGGGAAGAAGGGGUAGCAGAGGAGACGGUAAAGCUGGAAAAGGCAGAUGAGGCUGCUGAGCGAGAGGACGAGGGGGACGCGGACGAAGAGCAGGGAGGUUCAGGCGAGGAGUCCCCAACAGGGGAGGAGCAGCAACGCCGGGGCGCGCGCAGAGCACGCGGAGAAGGCAGGGGAGGAGCGGGAGGCGCAAGCAGAGGCGCGGGGGCUCGCGGACGGGGUCGUGGGGCGCGGGGGAGAGGGGGUAAGGCUGGCGCUGGACUUGUUUCCCCUGACCGCCCCAUGUCCCCAGGGGGAGCGGCAGGCGCGGGGAAAGGAAGAGGCCCCAGGAAGCGGUCCCCUGCUCCGCCUAUCCAUGCUGAUGGGGAGACAGGCGGAGCGGGGAAAGGGGGAAGGGGCGGGGGAGGUGCUGGGGUCGCGGGGGCGGCGGGAGGGGCGGGGAGAGGCGGGGAGGAGCUGCAGGAGGUGGUGCAUGAGGCUGGGGCAGCGGGGAGUGGGAUUGUGAGGGAUGAGAAGGCGUUGGACUCGGUUGUGAAGGUGUUCUGCGUGCACACUGACCCCAACUUCUCCCUUCCCUGGCAGCGCAAGAGACAGUACAGUUCCAACAGCAGCGGGUUCAUCAUUGAGAACCGCCGUGUGCUCACCAACGCGCACUCGUGGAACACCACACGCAGAAGAGGGGAUCAGACACCAAGUACCCUCGCAACAGUGCUUGCUGUGGGCACUGAGUGCGAUAUAGUCCCCGCGCUGCACUCACUCCCACGGAAUGCAGCGCUACUGUCAGUGGAGGAUGAUGAGUUCUGGAAGGACGUGCCAGCCACUCAAGCUGGGGUCUCUCCCGCACCUCCAGGUAUGGCUGGGGUCUCUCCCGCACCUCCAGGUAUGGCUGGGGGUCUCUCCCGCCCUCCAGGUAGGGCUGGGGUCUCUCCCGGCACCUCCAGGCUAUUGGCUGGGGUCUCUCUCCGCACCUCCAGGUAUGGCUGGGGUCUCUCCCGCACUCCAGGUAUGGCUGGGGUCUCUCCCGCACCUCCAGGACCCUGUAACGGUGGUUGGGUAUCCGAUAGGAGGCGACACCAUUUCAGUCACAAGCGGAGUGGUGUCACGAAUCGAGGUGACAGCAUACGUGUCACGGGGGCGUCGGAGCUGCUGGGCGUGCAGAUCGACGCCGCCAUCAACUCAGAGGGGGCUCUAUCCCCAUCCGCAGGCCCCUUCACUCCCCUUCUUCCCCCAACCCUCUUCCUUCCCAUCCUGCCCUCUGCCCCUCCCCUCCCCCUCCCUCAGGACCCAGUGACUUGGUGGGGGUAUCCGAUUGGUGGAGACACCAUAUCAGUCACAAGCGGGGUGGUGUCGCGCAUCGAGGACCCAGUGACAGUGGUUGGAUACCCCAUAGGUGGCGACACAAUCUCAGUGACCAGUGGAGUGGUGUCGCGCAUCGAGGUGACAGCAUACGUGCACGGGGCGUCGGAGCUGCUGGGCGUGCAGAUCGACGCCGCCAUCAACUCGGGGCACUAUCAUCCCCAGGCCCCUUCACUCCCCAUCUUCCCCCGACCCCCCCUUCCCAUCCGUCCUUCCCCCUCCCCGCUCUCCCCACUCCCACCUCAACCCCAGGACCCAGUGACAGUGGUUGGAUACCCCAUAGGCGGCGACACAAUCUCAGUGACCAGUGGAGUGGUGUCGCGCAUCGAGGUGACAGCAUACGUGCACGGGGCGUCGGAGCUGCUGUGCGAUGGAGAAAAUCCAGACAUGCGCAAGGCACUGGGGAUGGAAGCUGCCUGCUGUCAUAAUUUCAUCUCCAACAGUGUCCCAAACUCGCUCUAUCUGCCUUCUCCUCGUCCUGUCCCCCGUUACCCUCCAGGGUUCCCGAUUCUAGGAGUGGAGUGGCAGGAGAUGGAGAAUCCGGACAUGUGCAAGGCGCUGGGCAUGGAGGCGGGGCAGAAGGGCUGCUUAUUGUGGUUCCCCAUCCUGGGCGUGGAGUGGCAGAAGAUGGCGAAUCCAGACAUGCGCAAGGCGCUGGGCAUGGAGGAACGCACUGGGGCGCGGUUCCCCAUCCUGGGCGUGGAGUGGCAGAAGAUGGAGAAUCCAGACAUGCGCAAGGCGCUCGGCAUGGAGGCGGGGCAGAAGGGCGUGAGGGUGAGGCGGGUGGAGCCCACCUCGCCUGCCGCCCAGCUGCUGCAGACCUCAGACAUCCUGCUGUCCUUCGAUGGCGUGGCAGUGGCAAAUGACGGCACAGCCUCUCUGCCCCACAUGUGCCCUCCUCGUCUCGUCCCAGUGCCGCUCCGCAAGGGCGAGCGCAUAGGCUUCAGCUACUUAGUAUCUCAGAAGUACGAGGGGGAGAUGGCACAGAUCAACGUGCUGAGGGCCAACAAGGUGCUGCAACUGCAGGUGGAGCUGCCGUGCACAGCCUGUCCCACCCCCUGCCCCUCUGCCGUGCUCGUCACUGCUCUCCGUUCCCCCGCGCGUCCUGCAUUUCCGUCCCCCUCUCCCGCCCUUCCCCCCCACCCACUUUCCCUGCCCCCAGUGCCGUUUCGCAAGGGCGAGCGCAUAGGCUUCAGCUACCUGGUGUCUCAGAAGUACGAGGGGGAGACGGCACAGAUCAAUGUGCUGAGGGGCGGCAAGGUGCUGCAACUGCAGGUGGAGCUGAGGAGGCACAAGCGCAUGGUGCCCGUGCACAUUGCGGGGCUGCCGCCCUCGUAUUUCAUCGUGGCAGGGAUUGUGUUCACCUGGGUCACCGUGCCUUACCUCCGGGCAGAGGUGUGGGAGGUGUCCUGGGGAAAGGUGCGUGCAGAAGGGCUAGAGGUGGGCUUUCAGCAGCACAAGCGGCUGGUGCCGGUGCACAUUGCACUAUUGCCUCCCUCCUACUUCAUAGUGGUGGGGAUUGUGCUCACCUGGUACGGCAAGGACUAUGACUAUGACGCGCCGGUGAAGCUGCUGGAUAAGCUCAUGCACCGCAUGAGACAGUCAGACGAUGAGCAAGUGGUUGUCAUCUCACAGGUGGGUUCUAUUCCAGAUGUAGCAGCUGUAUGGAACAUCAGGCAGGUUACAUUCAAGCGUUUAUGGACGCUGCUGGAUAGGCUGAUGCACCACCGCAGGAGACAGUCAGAUGACGAGCAAGUGGCCGUCAUCUCCCAGGUGCUGGUGGCGGAUGUGAACAUAGGCUACGAGGAGGUGGUGAACACGCAGGUGCUGGUGGCGGAUGUGAACAUAGGCUAUGAGGAGGUGGUGAACACACAGGUGGUGGGCUUCAACGGCGUGCCGGUGAAGAACCUGCUGCAGCUCGCUCGCCUCGUGGACCAGUGCACCGACCCCUUCAUGCAGUUUGACCUCGACUAUGACCAGUGCACCGACCCCUUCAUGCAGUUUGACCUGGACUACGACCAGUCGGCUCAAAGGGGUUUCCUGCCUGCUGUGAAGGGAGAAUCCCCCUCCACGAGUCCCUCCCCCCUUUUCCCCGACAAUUCCUUUUCCUCACAGCAAUGGGAGGAGGCGUACGGGCUGCAAAAAGAGUCUCUUCUGCCCCCGGAAAAGAUAUCCCUGCCCGCUGACGUGGCAGCAGCUCCGCAUUUGGAGGCGUGCAGCGAGGUGUCGGCGCACAGACUGGCGGCGGAGCAGCGAGGGCCCAAUGGGGAGUCGCCUGAGUGGGCUCGUCCUAAAGACUGCUGCGGCUGCAACCCACAGCCGCCAUGGGUGUGUAUGGGUGGGUAUGAUUGGGUGUGUAUGGGUGUGUAUGGGUGUGUAUGGGUGUGUAUGGGUGUGUAUGGGUGGAUUCGUGGUUCAGACGCAGCCAAUCUGGGCAUGACACGUGUGGCACAGAGGGACAUAUGGGAGCACCAGUUCCCGCCCAAUCGGUGUGAGGGCAGGCGCCUGCUCAUUGCGCACUGGGCCUACAUCGCCCAUGGGAUCGGGUCGCAGCCUCGCCAUGCGUCACAGCCACCCACCUCGCUUACUUUCCUCCCACCCCUCGUCCCCCUCGCCUCUGUUCCCCUCUCCCCUCCUCCUUUCGUCUUCUCAAUACAGUUGCACAUCAUAACGGCCAUUCUCAGCCUGGCCAUGCGCCACAACCGCACGCUGGUUCUCCAGUAUCCGUCGUUUGACCGCGCCAAGCACGACGAGUGCAAUGCCACGGGAGCGUGGGGCUCGUUCAACUGCUACUUCUUCCCUCUCACUUCCCCUGACUGCGAGGAGAUCACACUCAAAGUCCAACAGCACAGGGGCGCUGCCGCCCUGCUGCGCGCCCAGCACCAAGGAGGAGGUGCUUGGUUCGUUUCCUGUCUCCCUCCGCUUAUCCCACCCCUCUCGCCUUCCCCCAUUCCACCUCUCACCAUACCAGCCACAGGAGCAUGGGGCUCGUUCAACUGCUACUUCUUCCCUCUGACCUCUCCUGACUGCGAGGAGAUCGCGCUCAAUUCCAACAGCACAGGGGCGCUGCCGCCCUGCUGCACGCCCAGCACCAAGGAGGAGGUGCUGGCAUCGGACCACCCCAUUGUGUGCUUCCAUGGGGAGCCCUUCAAUGGUCUUCAGCUCGAAGCCAGCAUUGCCAGCUCCAAGGAGGAGGUGCUAGUGUCGAACCACCCCAUUGUGUGCUUCCAUGGGGAGCCCUUCAAUGGGCUUCAGUUCGAAGCCAGCAUUGCCAGCCAGUGGGCCACGGCCUACCUGGAGCGACCCAACAUGAUAGAGCUGCAGGGGCAGGUGGAGAGAGACUGGGACACGGCCUACCUGGAGCGACCCAACAUGAUCGAGCUGCAGGGGCAGGUGGAGAGAGACAAUCCCCAGCACAUCAAGAAUGGGGUGGUGUGGGUGGAUGGAGACGCGGUGUGCGGUGAUGUGGUGCACUGGUGGCGCAGCCAAGCGCUGCGCUUCAUGCUGCGCUGGCCCUCGCCGUACCUCUGCCAUCUCACCAACCGCAUCCGCCACGGCGCCUACGGGCUGCGCGUGGCAACCCACACCGUGCAGGCCCGCGAUCGCAGCGCCGCCCUCCUCCGACUCUACAACGACCACCUCUCUGCUGCCUCCCCCUCUUCACUCCCUGCUUCUGCCUCCUCGACAUCUCUCCACCCCCUCAGUCUCAACCACUCCGAUCCAUCUUUCCUUACCUCUGCCGAUCCAUCCAUGCAAUCCCGGGCCUGGCCCGGGCUCGGCGUCGCCAGCUGCUCAGGCUCGGCAAGCUCUCCCGGUCCUGCCCCCAGCUUCCGAGCCUAUCUGACGAGCCUGUACGAGGGGGUGGGGCGAGAGGCGUAUAUGCCUCGGCCGAUGGUGAGCCUGCACAUUCGGCAGGGCGACAAGGGGAGUGAGAUGAAGCUGAGCUCUUUCAACUCCUUUAUGUUCUAUAUGCACCGCCUCAGACUCCACGUUCCCGACAUCCGAUUCGUGUGGAUCAGCACUGAAAUGCAGUCCGUGAUCGACCAAUCAGCGCAGUUCAAGGACUGGACCUUCUUCUAUUCGCAGAACGAGAGGCAGCUGGGCGACAUGCGGUUGAUCGACUACGAGAAGAAGGCUGGCAGGGCACAGCUGGUGGGGGUGAGCUUUGCGAACCUGAUUAUCUCAUCGGAGUGUGACUACUAUGUGGGCGUGCUUGGGUCCAACUGGAACCGGUUGAUCAAUGAGAUGCGGGCCACGAGUGGCAGGGUGUUUGCUGGUUAUGUUGCGAUCAACAAUGGUGAAUUCUAG